UUUUGGCUUAGGUCGGUGCAAAACACACACAAAGCCCUAAAAGCCUAACUACAUUCCUCUUAGCGUUGCUGAGAGAGAAAGAGAAAAAUGGCAACAAGCGAGGAAGUGGUUGCGGCGGCGCCGGCGCCGGAGGCAGGGCUGAAGCACAAGCUGGAGCGAAAAUGGACGUUUUGGUGCGACAAUCAAUCCAAACCUAAGCAGGGCGCUGCUUGGGGAACCUCUCUGCGCAAGGUCUACACUUUCGACACUGUAGAAGAGUUCUGGUGUUUGUAUCAUGAGAUUUUUAAGCCCAGCAAGUUGCAAAUCAACGCGGAUUUCCACUUGUUCAAGACUGGUGUUGAACCUAAGUGGGAAGAUCCUGAGUGUGCCAAUGGAGGAAAGUGGACUGUCACUAGCAACAUCGGCAGGAAGGCUAACCUUGAAAACAUGUGGCUUGAAACUUUGAUGGCGUUGAUUGGGGAGCAAUUUGAGGAUGCUGAGGACAUAUGCGGUGUGGUUGCUAGCGUGCGCCAGUGGCAAGACAAACUUUCACUGUGGACAAAGACAGCGGCAAAUGAGGCUGCCCAGAUGAGCAUUGGAAGGAAGUGGAAGGAAAUCAUUGAUGUUAACGACAAGAUAACAUACAACUUUCAUGAUGAUUCUAGAACCAAAGGAGCAACAAAGGGUCGAUACACCGUAUAAACAGUGUUGGAGCAUUUUCUUGCACUUGUGCUGGAAGGCUUGUAGUACUGAUACCUUCAUCAUGUGUCAUAUGUACUAGACCAUGCUACUUCUUUGGUGAAGGGCUUGGUUUUACUUUUGUUCAUUCACCCCACUUUGGGGUGUUCAUACUAUUGUACUCCUCAUUUUUGAAAUGGUCUGUCAAAUUUUUCUGCAGAGUUCAUUGUAGUUUUUUUAUGUCACAUUCUUAAAGCUUUAAAUCUUGAAAUUUAGGAUGAGUUUGAUGUGCUGCUUGUACAAUUAUAAUGGAGAAGUAAACCUUUAUUGUUCUGUUCAGUGCUUCAA